AUGUCAGUACGAAGAAUAAGUAUUGACAAACUUGAUAUAAAGAAAAUGGAAAACAAACAUCAAAAGAUAAUGACUGGAGCAAGGAAUGCAGAUUAUUUGAUAGUAGAGGAAGAAAAUGAAAAUGGUGUACCUAUGGAUAAACAAUAUAUUGAAAACUUGAUAAUACAUGUUAGUAGUGAAGACCAAAAGGUAAAUGAUUUGAAAGCAAUUAUACAUUACUUGACUUCUUUUACCUGGCCUGACUAUAUGACGAAAAGAGGAUUUAAGAUGUUUGCAUCCGAAGAUGAGAAAGUAUUGUCUUUUGAAUAA